UCGGAAGCGGCGCGCGGUGGCGGCCUCAAGGCGCAGGCCUCGGUCAAGCAUCGCCUACGUACCGCCGCGGGGCUGCCUCGCACUGCUCGCACGGCUGGCGUGUGCAGGCUGCCCCUCAGACUCCAGUGCCAUGAUGCGUCUGCUGCUGACAGCAGUCGUGCUCGCGGCACCGCUCCGCGCGACGGCAACGAACGCGACGACACCAACGACGAACGCGACGAACGCGACCUGGCCGGAGUGGUGGCCGGAGGGUCGCAACCGCGUGAUAGACGCGCGCGUCGGGAGGUGGCACAUCCUCGUACCGCCGAGCGGCGCUACGACGAUCGGUAAUAAAACGAUGUGGUCGAUGUGCAACGCCGCCGGCACGCCGGGGAAGCACUUCCGCGACUGCGAGAAGGGCUGCAACAGCCUCGGCGGUACCUUAGUAAGCGUCGAGGACCAGGCGCAGCAGCGGCUCCUGCGGCACUUCGUCGGCGAGGACAUCGAUUUGCUCAUCGGCGCCUACCAGCGCACCUACAAGUCGCCGGAUUCGGGCUGGCGCUGGACGAGCGCGGCGCGCCCCGAUCACUCGUUCACGGCCUGGCGCCGCGGCUACCCGGCGGACGUGGGUGCGCAUCUGAGUCGGAACCAUCGCGGCACGCCAUCGGAGGCUCUGCGUCAACACAGGUAUGUGCAAGAUGAGCCAGUGCGCCUACAUCAACUUCCGGGGCAGCAAGCGCUGGGUCGACACGUCUUGUGUCUUGUCGCGCAGCUACCGCGGCGUCCAUUGCGCGACGGGGUGCGUCUGCGAGCACACGGAACUGGGCGGCGUGCCCUCCGCGCAUUACCUCGCACACCGGAAGGAGCUCGACAACACUGAUUUUUGCCGGCCGAUAGACAUCUUCUGGAUCACGGUGCUGGUCACCAUCUGCGGCGGCACGCUCCUCACGUUCGCGCACUCGAUCAUGAAGGCGCGGCGGCGGGCGAAGCAACUGGAGCGCAUGCGCGUCCGACCCCUGCCGCCCCUCGCCGAGGUGACGGCUGUGUCGUCCAUGCCGGUCGGCGUCGCGCAAUCGGCGGACGGGCUGGAGAUGCCAGUCGUCCAGGCGGUGGCCGUGCCGUGCGAGCAUUACCGCCCGUGUAACUAA